AAAAAAAAGUUUUCCAUCCAAAUAAGUUACAUAAACCAUCCUGAUUUCUGUUUUCCUUCAAAAUGAAUCACAACUCCAAAAUGAUUCGAUCAAUGUUCACUACAUCUGAUUUUUCAAACCAUAGGGAUUUGUUUUCAUCUUCUCCUUCUUUUUCUUGUUACCAAAAUUCACAUGUCUCUUCAUCUUCUUUUGGAUUUAACAAUUCACAAGUGAUGAGGAGAAACAUUGAUUAUGUUUCCAGUACCGAUUAUUUGCCUAUUAAAGAUAAUCCUCAUCUUACUAGAGUUUCUUUCACUCAAACCAUUACUAAUAGGUAUAGUUCUAUUGUUCCUACCAAUUCACUUGAUGCUGUUCAAUAUGAUAUUGAACUUGUCAAACGUGCCAUGGAUUCUAAACCCAAUAUUUGGAAUCCUGUUUUUUAUCCUCCAAAUUUUCUUGGUAAACAAUGCGAGAUUUUAAACCCUGAGCCUCUAAAUGUCAUUUUUCCUCACCAAAAUUCUGGAGAUCGUCAAUAUUUAAACAUGUUUUCCUUGUCAUCAAAGCAUAACCAUGAUCAAAAUGUUUUCCAUGAAGGCCGAUCUUCGACAAAAAUCCCCAAACCAACCAUGUCCAUUGAAAAAACUACUGAAUAUAUAGAUUGUGAAGAAAACGAGAAAAGUGACGAUGCUCAAUAUGAUGGUCGAAUACAUAGUUUACCAUAUAAGAAAUAUGGUCCAUAUACAUGUCCUAAGUGCAACAGUAUAUUUGAUACUUCUCAAAAAUUUGCUGCACAUAUGUCAUCUCACUACAAGAGUGAAACGAAUAAAGAAAGAGCUCAAAGAUUUCGUGCAAGAAAUAAAAGAAAAUAUCGUAAAUUGAAUCUUGAAGUUUAUGGGGAGUCUCAAAAGAUUAAACAAGAAGAUGGGGUCCAUAAUGAUGGAAGGAGUGACGACAAACCUAUUCAACAUCAUAAGAUUUUAUUUCGUUAAUAUCUUUUUUUCAAUAUAAUGCAUAUUGUUUUCUUUUUCUAGUAUUUCAUCAUAUUUGUUGCUAUUCGUAUUGUAACUUUUAUUUUCUCUUUCAAUUUUAAAGUUAUUUUUCUAUAUUAAAAAGUUCUUAAUUCUCUCUCUCUCUCUCUCUCU